AUUUUGUCAUAUGUUUAAGAGCCUUAUUCAUAUUCCUAUCUCGUCGUCCUUUAUAUUUCAAAUCAUCAUUUUCAUUGGCACGUAAAUGUUUUUACGUAUAUAUUUUUCUUACCAAGAAUUAGAUGGAAGCGUGCGCAUUAACACAUUGAUUGUUACCUUGGUACCGUUAUCGAUCACUAUCAUCCAAUGACAAAUCGAAUUUUUAUCCUUUCUUAUAGUUUUAUACUUCUCUUUAUAUUCUUUUACUAUCUCUCUCUGUGUGUGUGUUUUUUCUUUACGAUUAGCAAUUUGUAAAUUGAACAAAUUUUAUUAGAAAGAAAAAAAUGGCAGUUGUUAAAGCAACAACUUGUAAAGAAGCGAUACGACGUUGGGAGGAAGAAAACAAACAGGAUCCUAAUACUGCGAAAGAAAUUAAUCUUAGUUUUCAAUGGCUUCCUAUAGAAAAAAUGGACAACUCUCUGACUAGUUUAACCGGAUGUGAAAAAUUAUCUUUAUCUACGAAUAUGAUUGAAAAGAUUACAGGAAUUGGAACAUUAAAAAAUUUAAAAAUCUUAUCGUUGGGCCGUAAUGUUGUUAAAAGUUUUUCCGGUCUCGAACCACUUGGCGAUACUUUAGAGGAAUUAUGGAUUUCAUACAAUUAUAUCGAAAAAAUGAAAGGAAUCAAUGCAAUGAAGAAUCUUCGAACAUUGUAUAUGUCUAACAAUUUGGUAAGAGAUUGGACCGAAUUUGGCAGACUUCAAGAAAUAACAAAUAUCAGAGAUUUAUCUUUCGUUGGAAAUCCGCUGUACGAUAGUUUCGAGGUGGAUCAAUGGAGGCUAGAAGUUGCACGACGUUUGCCAUAUUUAGAAAAAUUAGAUGGCGAACCUAUUAUUAGAACCGAGGACAAUACGUUUGUCAAUCAAUCAAUGUUAAUUAGGAAUGAGGGUUCUCCGCAAAAUUCCAAAAUUUCUGAAGAUACGCCAUAAUUUUACCCAUUAAUAGAGAUAAUUUAUAUUACUUUUUGUCUUUUCUUUUUCUUUCCUUUUUCUUCUUCUUCAUGAAUAAGCAAUCAUUUU